UAGAUAUAUUUCUGGUGGAGUUAUUGUGAGUGUGUGUUAUUUCCAAACAAAACAUAACCUAAACAACUUUUUAAAACUUUUUGUAAUAACUUUACAACUUAAAAAUUUUAAGAUUUCAUCAAUAUGGAUCUGUUUCCAAAAUCAUCCAGGGAUAUCUUCAGAGAUAGAAUAAUAGCAAAAGGUAGUGAUUCUGACAUGAUAGAAACGAAAAACCCGAAAAUACUACUGGAACAGUGGGAAAAGGCAUUGCAUCAUGGGACAGUUAAUAAUGAGGCGAUGCUCGAGAAGGAAAUGUCACAGACCUUAAAACAAAUCAAUGAAUUUCUUCAUGGAUUAGAAGUGGCUGCAAUGGUACAUGACAAGAGAAAGUUUGGAAAAGAGAAAGAAUGGAUUAGAUAUCAAGGAUUUGAACAACAGUAUCGAGAUAAAAUUAUGUUGGGGCAUACAUUAAAAGGUAAGGUAAAAGAAUUGUUGGAUCUGGAAGAUUCGGGAAUUCGCCUUUCAAAGUCACUAAGAUCUACCUCAGUCAAGUUUGCCCCUUCAGAAAUGAACAGCUUUGAGAACGAUUCUGAAGGAAAUAUCAGCAACUGCUCUCGAUACGGUUCAGAAAUUAAAGAUGUUCUACGCAAAUUCAAUAAAGUCCUGGUUAAGAGUUCACCUUUAGUACCUCAACUUUUGGAAUUACAGAUUCCAAAGGAUCAAAAGGAUUCUGGAGUUGAAAGAGAUGCAUUAGAGUUCCUGAUGGAACGAUUGGCAACAGACAAUAUCCAGCCUAUCUUCAUUUCACAUCCUUUAAAGCCAAAUGACUCUUCUCACACAGUCUCUUGCAGAAUCUUCAACACAACUGUGGAAGGCAAAGCCUCUGAGAAGACUGCUGCGAAGAAAGCAGCUGCACUAAAUAUGCUAGAACGGCUAGUAGAGGAUAAUGCUAAGGAUCAAUUGCCCUCUCAGAUCACCCCCUUCGCAGACUUGGAAGUCCAAGAAGCUUUGGGAAUUCUUUGUGAAACCCUAAGGUAUGAUGCGAUGCUAGCUGAGAUAUGUACAGAGAGACGUAAGCGCCCACCGCAAUACACCAAUGACUCAACAAGACACAGUCUCCGCAUUCUCUGUUCUGCAAUUGGUCUUCAAGGAGUAGGCACUCAUACAAAUCCUGUCAUGGCUAGACGCUUGGCAGCUCGUGAAGUUCUCUUACAAUUGAAACAGAAACCGACAUACUGAACAUACUAUAAUGUUGUUUUACUGUCAUUAUUAAUAAAUAAAACUUGUUGAACCAUAUA